AUGCGAUGCCUGCCGCCGGGCCACCCUCCUCAUAGCGUUGCUUCAACGUUUAUCCCCCAGGGGUCGUCCAGUAAACACUCCGGGGAAGCGGUUGCCGACGUCGAGCGACCUACGAAGGAGAUCCUACGGGCCGACGUCUUCAUGGUGUUGCUUGUCGAUCCAUCUACAUCGUAUUUGUGUUGCUCCCGCCAUGUCAACGAAGAUGGAGGGUGCGUUCGCGAGGGCUUCGCGUCGUCCGUCGCCUGUACUGCGGCUCCACUGGUGCUUUCAACCGCCGCCCACUUCCACCGGGCGUUCCAUCUGGUUGCCGACAAAGCAACAGCCGCCGUCGUGUCGCCGUGGCCAUUCCACGUGGACGACGUUAGCACGAUGCAAGUGCUUUCGUCUGUGGUCACUUUGUUCGUGGAAGGCCUCGCCGCGAAACACAGCCGCAUUCCUCCAUCUCGCGAUUCGACAACUCGUCAGCGCGUGCAGGGUAUCAUGGCCAAAGAGCCCCGCCCCCUUUCCCCUUCCUCAACCCCCCCGUCGCCCCGCAAUAGCGCUUUGCCGGACGAGUUGAAACAGUGGACGUUCGAUCCGUUUGCGGCUGCCGCUUUGUCCAAAGACGUGUUGGUGGGCCAUGUGUUGACCAUCUUCCAAGCAUUCUCGCUGCCUCUGCACUUUCGCAUUGGCCUGUCCACGUUGCGGCGAUUUGUAGUCGCGGUGCGCGACCAAUACCGCGACGUACUGUACCACAACUUUCUGCACGAGUUCACCACACUGCAUGUGACGUUUCUUGUCAUGUUGUCUCAGUCGGUGCCCGAGGAGUUGGCUUUGAGUUCCGUCUCAAUCCCUCUCCUUUCACCCGCCACCUCCCCCCUGGGCCCCGUUGCAGAUCUCGUCGGGAGUGGACUCCUCAACCGCCGCGACAUCCUCGCGCUUUUCAUCGGGGCCAUGUGCCACCACAUGAACGACAACGGCAGCACCAACGACUUCCACAUCAAGAGCGCACCGCCGCGGCGAUGCUGUACAACGACCAGUCUGUCCUUGAGAACAUGCACGCUGUGCUUUGAUGCGCUCCGUCGACCGGGUCACGACGUGCUGGAGAACGCUUCGGGUAGCGACUACAUAUUCGUUCGCAGGUCCAUCAUUCGAGUGAUUUUGGCCACCCGUCGUUGGUGA